AUGAAGUCCAAAGGUGAACAAAGGCGAUCAGCAAACUAUCAUCCAAGCAUUUGGGACCCUAAGUUCAUCGAGUCACUAAGCACACCAUAUACAUAUGACUUUUAUGGUGCCAAAUUAGAAGAGUUGAAGGGUGAAACAAGAAGGUUGCUGGAGUCCACCAAAGACCUUUCCAUGCAGUUAGAGCUUAUUGAUUCAAUGCAACGCCUGGGAGUGGCUUACCUUUUUCAGGAAGAGAUCGGAAAAUGUAUUAGUAGUAUUGCUUGCUGGGAUGCUACCGGUGGCGACCUAUACACAACUGCAUUGCGAUUUAGGCUACUCAGAGCACAUGGUUAUUCAAUUAGUUCAGACGUGUUCGACAAAUUUAGAGAUAGGAGUAGAGGGAGAUUCUUGGAAAGCUUAGGGGAUGAUGUGUUGGGUAUGUUGAGUUUGUAUGAAGCUUCACAUCUUGGAAUGCAUGGUGAAGAAGAUUUAGAAGAAGCCAUGAAUUUUAGUACUAAACAUCUCAAGUCAUCAAUUGGGAAGUUGGAGAUGGGACAAGCUGAGCAAGUUCAACGAUCACUGGAUAUGCCCUUAUACUGGAGGAUGCCAAAAUCAGAAGCCAGGAACUUCAUUGAUGUCUACUCUGUGGACGAUGCGAAGAGCCCAGUUCUGCUGGAGUUGGCUAAACUGGAUUAUAAUAUAGUGCAAUCGGUGUAUCAGAAAGAACUAAAGGAACUUUCAAAGUGGUGGAGAGACUUGGGUUUUAAAGAAAAGCUUAGCUUUUCCCGCGAUCGCUUGAUGGAAAACUAUUUGUGGGCAAUGGGGACCAUCUUUGAGCCCCAAUUCUCCAAAUGCAGGAUGGGAAUCACAAAAUUUGUCUGCCUAUUGACUGCCAUCGAUGACAUGUAUGAUAUAUAUGGAUCAUUAGAUGAGCUUGAAAGUUUUACUGAUGCAGUGAACAGAUGGGACACUAAUGCCAUGGACGACCUCCCUGAGUACAUGAAGAUAUGUUAUUUGGCCAUGUUCAACUUUGGAAAUGAAAUUGCUUAUGAUGGUCUAAAAGAACAUGGCUUGAAUACUCUGCCCUACAUUAAAGAAGAGUGGGCAAAUCUUUGUGGAUCAUAUUUGAUAGAAGCGAGGUGGUUCCACAGCUGUUACACACCAACAUUUGACGAGUAUUCGGGAAAUGCGUGGAUUUCGGUGGGUGGUCAUGCAGCCAUAGUCCAUGCUUACUUACUGCUAGCGUUUCCCAUAACCAAAAGCUCCCUCGAUUGUUUCAAGCUUGACUCCCAUGAAAUUUAUUGGUCAUCUCUCAUUACCCGACUCAGCGAUGAUUUGGGCACUUCCAAGGCCGAGAUGGUUAGAGGGGAUGUAGCAAAAUCCAUUCAAUGCUACAUGAUAAAGGAAGGUGUGUCGGAAGAGGAAGCACGCGAUCACAUUAAAGGCAUAAUAAAGUGUUCAUGGAGGAAGCUUAAUGAGGGUUUAAGGAAAUUUCAGCCUAAAUCAUCAUCCAUUGUAACCAUGUCAUUGAGCAUGGCGCGGACGGCCCAGUGUAUCUUCCAACACGGGGAUGGUAUCGGUACAUCGGUUGGGAUGACCAAACAUCUUUUGACUUCACUAAUCGUCACGCCCAUUAUAGUGAAUUUUAGUUAA